AACUGCCAAUUCACAUAGUUGGAUAUUUUCUCUGUAUCUCGCGUUUCGUGGUUCAACUCGGUUAUGUCGGACCUCGACCGGCAGAUUGAGCAGCUGAAAAGAUGCCAGCCGCUCAAGGAGUUCGAAGUUAAAGCUCUUUGCCUAAAAGCCAUGGAAAUCCUCGUCGAAGAGAGCAACGUUCAGAGAGUCGAUGCUCCCGUGGUUAUAUGUGGUGAUAUACAUGGCCAGUUCUAUGACAUGAAAGAGCUUUUUAAAGUAGCCGGUGACUCCCCAAAGACAAAUUACUUGUUUCUAGGAGAUUUUGUUGAUAGAGGAUUUCACUCAGUUGAGACGUUCCUGCUUCUACUUGCCCUCAAGGUUAGAUAUCCUGACAGGAUAACUCUCAUCAGGGGAAACCACGAGAGCCGGGAGAUAACACUGGUGUAUGGUUUCUACGAUGAGUGCCUGCGGAAAUAUGGUUCUGUCAAUGUUUGGAGAUAUUGCACAGAUAUUUUUGAUUACUUGAGUAUAUCCGCACUAGUAGAGAACAAAAUAUUCUGUGUUCAUGGCGGUUUGUCUCCUACAAUUACCACACUAGAUCAGGUGUAUAAAAUUCUAGGAAUGAGAAUUUUUGUUCUUUGUUUUGGACUGAAGAUGAUAGGCUCAUCAUCCAAUUUUCAGAUUUGGGCAAUUGACCGGAGGCAGGAUGUACCUCAUGAAGGUAGCAUGAGUGAUCUCUUAUGGUCAGACCCUGAUGAUGUUGCAGAAUGGGGUGUGAGUCCCCGUGGUGCAGGUUUUGUAUUUGGUAGCAGCGCGGUUGCUUCAUUUAAUCACACAAACAAUAUUAGCUUGAUAUGUCGUGCACAUCAACUGGUUAUGGAAGGUUAUAAGUGGAUGUUUAACAAACAGCUUGUAACCAUCUGGUCAGCUCCAAAUUACUGUUACAGAUGUGGAAAUGUAGCUUCAGUUCUUGAGCUGAACGAAAACCUUGAAACCAAAUUUCAUUUUUUCACGGCGGCUCCCCAGGACUCAAGAGUAACAUCUGCCAAAAAGCAACUUCCAGAUUACUUCUUUUAGUGACACGAAGAAGAUGAACAUGGCUUGACAUGUUCGUAAAUGCUGCGUGGAGAAGAGAUUGCUGUCAGGUGCGCAUCUAAGAUAUAUAUAUAUAUAUAUAUAUGUGUGUGUGUAUAGAGAUCCUAAAUGUGUGAGUUAAAUCAGAAUCAUAAGCAUUAGUAUAGUGGCAUUCAGUAGGUAGGGGAAGCAGUAUACUCUGACUAGGGCUUGGUCACUUUAACUGAUUUUAUAUAAGGAGAAUAUUCAUGGUUUCUUCUUCCUAGACUUCAUGUAAAAAUUUACCAAUAUUACAUCUAUCAUCCAAAAAUCUAAGCAUAAAAAGUUUGUAUAUUUUUGUAUUUGUAUUUUGAAUUUUAAGUGGACAGUAGUAGUUGAAUUUGAUAUUUAAAAUUAGUAUAUACUUAUAGGAAACUGUGAUAUUGCAUGAAAAAAUUCAAACAGAUCAUAACUUUAACUUGUUUCCACAGGCAAUGAUAUAAUAAUAAUUGAUUUGUUUACUUGAACUAAAUACUUGACAUUCAUUACUUAGCAAGCACGUGGUUAUGUAAGGACCGAAAUAAAUAAAUCAAAUAUGUUGAGUUUUUCUAAUGUUUGUUUUCAAUUUAGUUCAUACUUGUCCAGUGGUUAAUCUUAACGUCUGAUUUAUUUGCUUGAUUAGAAAAUUUACUGCAACGUAU